CGCUGAGCUGCUGCGCCCAAGCCUCCGUUUGAUACGCAAUGACGUUUGAUUCUCCCGCCGCUUGCGUCACGUCGUCACUGAACAGGCAGCCAUAACGAUCCAAGAAGUAAGCGUAGACAUGGAGGCCGUAGGCGGCUAGAUAUUGUAAAGAAGUGUUAGGCCAACACACUUAAGCCACAACGUCUGAGAACUACCUUGUACAAAGACAGAAUCUUCUUAAGACCAAUCCGUUAUCUUUAACUAGACACUUCUGUGGAUAUUGUGGGUGUGCGUCUCUGUGCAGGUGCGCUCCGCGCCGUCACCAUGGCUGCGGACAUGGGCUCCCCGCCGCGGUUCUUCCACAUGCCGCGGUUCCAGCACCAGGCCCCGCGGCAGCUCUUCUACAAGCGGCCCGACUUCGCCCAACAGCAGGCCAUGCAGCAGCUCACCUUCGACGGCAAGCGCAUGAGGAAGGCCGUCAACCGCAAGACCAUCGACUACAACCCCUCCGUCAUCCGCUACCUGGAGAACCGGUUGUGGCAACGAGAUCAUCGUGACUUUCGAGCCAUACAGCCAGACGCCGGCUGCUACAAUGAUCUGGUUCCUCCAAUGGGGAUGCUGUACAAUCCCAUGAACGCCGUCACCACCAAGUUUGUCAGAACAUCCACUAACAAAGUCAAAUGCCCUGUCUUUGUAGUCAGGUGGACACCAGAAGGAAGGCGUUUGGUGACCGGCGCUUCUAGUGGGGAGUUUACCCUGUGGAAUGGACUCACUUUCAAUUUUGAAACUAUUCUUCAGGCCCACGACAGCCCGGUGCGAGCCAUGACCUGGUCCCACAACGACAUGUGGAUGCUGACUGCCGACCACGGGGGCUACGUCAAGUACUGGCAGUCCAACAUGAACAACGUGAAGAUGUUCCAGGCUCACAAGGAGGCGAUUAGAGAGGCCAGUUUCUCACCCACGGAUAAUAAAUUUGCCACUUGCUCCGAUGAUGGAACCGUCCGCAUCUGGGACUUUCUUCGGUGCCACGAAGAGAGGAUACUCCGAGGCCAUGGUGCGGAUGUAAAGUGUGUGGACUGGCACCCCACAAAGGGCCUGGUGGUCUCUGGCAGCAAGGACAGCCAGCAGCCAAUCAAAUUUUGGGACCCCAAGACAGGACAGAGUCUGGCCACUCUGCAUGCCCACAAGAACACAGUGAUGGAAGUCAAGUGGAACCUGAAUGGCAAUUGGCUGCUGACUGCGUCACGUGACCACUUGUGCAAGCUGUUCGACAUCAGGAACUUGAAGGAGGAGCUGCAGGUCUUCAGAGGACACAAAAAGGAGGCCACAGCUGUUGCCUGGCAUCCCGUCCACGAAGGCCUGUUUGCCAGCGGGGGCUCGGACGGAUCCCUCCUCUUCUGGAACGCUGGAGUGGAGAAGGAGGUGGGGGGCAUGGAGAUGGCUCACGAGGGGAUGAUCUGGAGUUUGGCCUGGCACCCCCUGGGACACAUCCUGUGCUCCGGGUCCAACGACCACACCAGUAAAUUCUGGACCCGCAAUCGACCAGGAGACAAGAUGAGGGAUCGAUACAACCUCAACCUGCUACCGGGGAUGUCCGAGGAUGGUGUGGAGUACGAUGACAUGGAGCCCAACAGCCUGGCCGCCAUCCCUGGGAUGGGCAUUCCGGAGCAGCUGAAGGUGGCCAUGGAGCAGGAGCAGAGCGGCAAAGAUGAUGCCGCAGAGGUGGAGAUGACUAUCCCUGGACUGGACUGGGGUAUGGAGGAGGUGAUGCAGAAAGACCAAAAGAAAGUUCCACAGAAGAAGGUUCCCUAUGCCAAACCCAUCCCUGCCCAGUUCCAACAGGCCUGGGCGGAGAACAAGGUGCCCACUCUGCCCCCCGGAGAGGUGCCCAAGGAGAGGACGGACCAGAAGAAGCCGGAUAUGAAGAAGAAGACUCAAGCCGAGAUCGAGCAGGAAAUGGCCGCCCUGCAGUACACCAACCCGCUGUUGCUGGAGCAAUUGAAGAUUGAGCGCAUGGCGCAGAAGCAAUCGGACCAGGGUGCCCCCCCAGCAGGGGCCCCACAGGGGCCGAUGCAGCCGUUUCCGGGCCAGGGGCCCAUGCCCCCGCCCCACCAGGGCUUCCCGCCGCAGUCCCUGCCACCCCAGCAGAUCCCUCACAACAUGCCGCACAUGGGGCCCGGGGGCCUUCCGGCGUCCUUCAUUCCUCAGGGCCAGAUGGGCCCUCCGGGGCCCCAGCUCCACCAGGGCCCCCCUCAGGGUUUCAUGGGGCCCCCGGACAUGCACGGACCCCAGGGCAUGCAGAGGCACCCGGGGCCCCACAGACACAUGGGCUCCCAGGGAAUGCACGGCCCCCCAGGGAUGCCCCCGGCCGGGAGGGGGAUGCCGGGGCCUCCGCCUGGGGGGAUGCCACCAGGGGGCAUGAUGGGGCCCCCGGCUCGAGGAAUGGGACCCAGGGACAAUCAGGGGCCCCCGCCCCAAGGGGGGAUGAUGCACCCGGACACACGAGGCCCUCCACCACAGAGGAACAUGAUGGGCCCUCAGGGGCCCCCCAUGCAAGGGGGGAUGAUGGGACCUCCAAUGCAUGGCCCCCAGGGUCAACAGAACCCACCCAGGACACAUGGAAGCAUGCAGGGUCCUCCAGGCAACAUGCAGGGUCCUCCCGGCAACAUGCAGGGUCCUCCCGGCAACAUGCAGGGUCCUCCUGGCAACAUGCAGGGUCCUCCAGGCAACAUGCAGGGUCCUCCAGGCAACAUGCAGGGACCUCCCGGCAACAUGCAGGGUCCACCAGGCAACAUGCAGGGUCCUCCCGGCAACAUGCAGGGACCUCCCGGCAACAUGCAGGGUCCUCCUGGCAACAUGGGACUUCCCCCAUACAUGCAACAAGGCAAAUCACAGCUCAUGGGUGAAGGAUCCAGGGGACAGUAUAACCAGAUGGGACAGGGUUCAGGGCCACAGGCUAUGAUGCCCGGGAUGGUGCAACAAGGACCCAACGGCAAAGGGGAAGCUCGCGGACCCCCCAACCACCACCUGGGGCCGCCUCCUGACCGGCGGGGCCCGGAGGGGGCCGGGGGCUCAGACCAGGGCUCAGACCGGGGCGGGCAGUACUGGGGAGACUCCAGAGAGGGCCGCCGCGGGCCCCCGGACUACGAGGGCGGGGAAGACCGGUUCCACGGCCGGGGCGAGGAUGCCUGGAGGGGCCCCAUGCAGCAGCGGGUCCCUGGGCAGGAGUACCCGGGGGACGCCAGGGGCCACAGGGGGGGCUCUGCCGGGAAGUGGGAGGACACACGAUUCAGGGGCCGGAGGGAGGACCGGUUUGAAGGUUACGAGGGUCCCGGGGACGAUAUGGACCAGCGACCAAGGGAGCAGAGACGCCCCCCACACCCACGGCAUGGACAGGAUGGAGACGACACGUUUCGGAGGGGCGGGCCCAGCAGGCCAGAGGCUCGAGGCGGCCGUGGGUACACAGACGAGUUUGCGGGGGAAGAGAGCUUCGACCCCGCCGAGGAGACGGGACGGAGCUGGGAGAGCGGCGGGAGAGGGCGAGGCCGCGGAGGGGGGGCGCGAGGAGCAGGGGGAGGCCGGAAAGGGCUUCUCCCCACCCCCGAUGAGUUCCCACCUCCUCAUUAUGAAGGAGGAAGAAACCCGGAGAGCUGGGAGGGAGGGCGCGAUCAGGGACAUGCCCCGCGGGACAGUCCCUCCCCGGCCAGCAGAGAGCGCUCCUCCUCCCUGCAGGGCAUGGACAUGGCCUCCCUGCCGCCACGGAAACGGCCCUGGCACGACGGCCCGGGCACCGCAGACCCCCGCGACCGAGACUCCCCUGGAGCAGGGCCCGACGACAGAGCAGCAGGACGGCCCUCGCACAGGGAGGAGGGGGCGUACGGGCCGGCGCGGGGCGGGCGGGGGGGCUGGGGCCGGGGCGGGGCCCCCGCGGCGGGGGGAGGGGGCGGGAACAUGAGCGGAUCGGGCCCGACGACACGGAGAGGUGCGGCUCGCGGAUCAUCGCGGGGGGGGCGCGCCCGGUAG